UAUACUGGCGACAUCUAUUCAAACUCCAACCUGCAGAACAAGAAUGACUUGUUUGAGUACAAACUCUCUAACGGACAGUGGGUGGAGUGGAAGUUUGAAGGAAGACUCCCUCCAGCCAGAUCUGCUCACGGUGCGGCCGUUUACGAUGGAAAACUGUGGAUCUUUGCUGGUUACGAUGGAAACGCCAGGUUGAAUGACAUGUGGUGUGUUUCUCUGAAUGGAGACUCCAGAAGUUGGGAAGAGAUUCAACAAGAAGGUGACAAUCCUCCGACCUGCUGCAAUUUCCCAGUUGCCGUCGCUAGGGACAGCAUGUUUGUCUUCUCAGGACAGAGCGGUGCCAAGAUCACCAAUGACCUGUACAGGUUUUGCUUCCAAGAGAAGAGAUGGAGGAAGAUCCAGUCAGACCACAUCUUGAAAGGCACGCCUCCCCCUCCCCAGCGACGCUACGGGCACACUAUGGUGGCCCACGACAGACAUCUCUAUGUCUUCGGUGGAGCAGCUGAUAACACGUUGCCCAGUGAGCAAUAUUGCUACGAUCUAGACGCGGAAGAGUGGCAAGUGAUCAAGGUCUCGCCAGACAGUCAGAGUCCAUCAGGCAGACUGUUCCAUGCUGCUGCAGUGAUAGGGGACGCCAUGUUCAUCUUUGGAGGGACCGUGGACAAUAACGUUAGAAGCUCGGAGAUGUACAGAUUUCAGUUUGCGUCUUACCCACGAUGCACCUUGAAGGAUGACUUCGGAAGACUUCUUCUCAGUCAGCAGUUUACUGAUGUGGAGUUUCUUGUAGGCGAGAAAGGCACCGUUGUUCCAGGUCAUACAGCAAUCAUUAUACCCCGAUGCCGCUACCUCAGACACAAGAUAUCACAGGCUAAGGAGCGACAUUUAGCAGAACAGGGUGACUCCCAACCUGAGCCAGAGAGUUCUUGUCCUGCCAUGGACAGAGACGAGGCGAUCCGAGAGGGCAAAAACCUCAAGAAGCCGUACCAGGUGACCAUCAAGAACACUCGACCAGAAGCCUUCCAGCUCCUGCUGUGGUUUCUGUACACCGAUAAGGCCGAUCACAGGCCUCAGGAUAUACAGAAUUCUACAGAUAAAACCACAGAGUUUCUGCUUCUUCUCAUGGAUGUGUACAAACUAGCAUUGGAGUUUUCAAUCAGCCGCUUGGAGCACAUGUGUAUUCACUAUCUGUGGGUGUCCAUAACCAACUCCAAUGUUCUGCAAGUGCUGCAGGGGGCAAGCAAGCUCAAACUGGACUUGAUCAAGGAAUUCUGCAUGAACUUCGUAGUGAAGGAGAGCAACUACAGCGCCAUUGUCAUGAGCAAGGAGUUUGAAGGACUCAGCCAGCCCCUCAUGGUAGAAGUAGUCAGGAGACGCCAGCUAGCAUCAGGCAGACCCUACCAACAUGAAAAGAUGCCAGACUUCAACAAAUCAUAUGAAUGUCUAGAGCAGGACAUGGAGGGUUUCCUGAAGAGCAAGCUGGGCCAGGAGUACGCUGACAUCACGCUGAUGCUGGACGGUACGGCCAUCCCGGCCCAUAAGGCAGUCCUGGCCGCAAGGAGCAGCUUCUUUGAGGCCAUGUUCCGCUCCUUCAUGCCAGAGGAUGACUCUGUCAAUGUUAGCAUUGGUGAAAUGAUCCCAUCCAGACAAGCCUUUGAGUCUCUCCUUCAGUACAUCUACUAUGGAGCUGUCACAAUGCCACCAGAAGAUUCACUGUACCUCUUCUCGGCACCAGACUACUACAGUUUCUACAACAACCGCCUGCAGGCGUUCUGCAAGGAGAACCUGGAGAUCAACAUCUCGGUCCAGAAUGUAGUCCAGAUACUAGACGCGGCCGACCGAGUCGGGGCCAAAGAUAUGAAGGAUCAUGCACUGAAGAUUAUCGUCAAAAACUUCACCAAGGUGGCAGAAAAUCCCAAAAUGAAGAGCCUAAGCCAUGGUCUACUCUUGGAGAUCAUCAUGGCUUUGGCAGCACGGCUACAGAAGGUCAACCUCAAGCAACAAGCGAUAGAAGAACCCUCCCACGCAGCAUGGGCAUGCACUUCCGAUAAGUACGGACCUGAUAACUGGUAGACGGUAGACCGGGUACCAGUUAAGUUAACCUCCUGUAUUUAGCAGUGUACGAGCCAUUCCACGCAGCACAGGCAUGCAUGUUGGAUGAAUAACUGGUAUACUGUAGACUUGGGUACCAGUGACGUCAGCUUCAAAUGGAAAGGGUUUAAAGGACCAUCCCACACAACAUGGACUUCAGAUACGUGGUCUUGAUAGCUGGUAGACAGUAGACCAGGGCACCAGUUAAGUCUACUUUAAUGGGCAACAAACAAAAUGGGCAUUUUAACGUCAGAUAAAUACAGACCUGAUAACUGGUUAGUCUGAGUAUCAGCCGUUGUCCAGCGGAACCCUCUCUCUGUAUCCAACGUCUGAUAUAUCUAAGCAUGCACAUUUAUGCGAUCCUGCCUGUCAGCCACUUGGACUUUUGAAGCUGUGACGUCAUUUCAAUCAGAAAUGUGGACUAAGCUGUUGAUUGGUCAAUUUGGCUGCCAAGGUUUUGUAAUCCAACGGAUUACGGCAGACCCGAUAGAAGGCGCCCGCUGAAUGGUCAGAAUCUGGAGGUCAAGACGCGGUGUUGUUUUGCAUAAUUAAUCGCCGAAUCUGCGCAAAUGUCAUAGAUGCUUGUCUGCAAGUGGAUAUUCCAUAGACUAAUAACUGGUAGACUGUUCAAAAGUUUACCUGUGAAGUCAGCUUUGAAUUGCAAGCAACUGAAGAACCUUGUCAGGCAACAUGGGCUCGUACAGACAUGCAAUCAGACAACACAACUGAGGCCAUUCAGCAGCAAUUUGUACAAAAUGUUUUUCUUAAUAACAUCAGGUUACCACUGAGAAUGACGUGAUGUGACAUAACUUUGCCAAUAUAUGUUUUCACAUUCUGCUAGUUGGUCCUUGAAAUUGACUUGUGCAUGGUAGUCAGUACACCAGUGACUUCUGCAGUCAUGCCAUGAGCCAAUUGUAACCGUAUUUCUGUGAUGGAGAAUGGAGAUCUGUAAUCAUAAUUUGUAAAAUUAAUGUGUAUAUUAACAACAUAUGAAUCUUGUAUAAGACACUGAUGUAUGGCAAAUAUGAACGUAAGUCACACUAGUUUUGUGUUCACGUAUAUUUGGACA